CGGCGGCGGAGUGGCGCCGGCCUGUGAGGCCAGUCGUGGCCAGCGCGGCGGCCGCAGCAGCCUCAGCCGAGCAGCGGCGCCGCACCGUUUGCCUGCCCGCGGAGGUGGUGCCGGACGCGGAUACAGGGCAAUACAAUGGCAACUCCACAAAAGUCAGAGGGUGACCAGGCGGCCGAUGACGUCACGUCUCCGUUGAGGUCACCUGCCCAAGCGGCCACAAGCGGGGGCGGGCGGCUCAAGUUCAGCAUCGCCAGCAUCAUGGAGUUCGAGGACGAGAGGUCGACAGAGUGCCACCGCCAGUCGAGCGAGCCGGGAGAGGAAUCAGACGCAACAGGGGAGGACUCCCAGCCGAGCGGCACUCCGUGCGAGGGCAGCAGAGACUCGGAGGAGCUCCAGGAGGAGUCAGAGGACGGUCAGCGGGCGGAGGAGCGCAGCCCGCAGUCGGAGGGUCACGGCGCCGGGCCGCAGCGGGACGCGGCGCUGCCGACGCGGCCCUGCGCCGGCCGGCUGGGCGGCGCGCCGGGCGCCGACGGCGGCGUCAGCCUGCUGCACCGCUCGCCGUGGCUGUACCAGUACUACAGCCUAGCGUCGGCCGGCGUGCUGCCCACCCUGCCGCCCUACUCGCUGCUCUCCAAGCCGUCCGCCUUCAGCCAGUACCCGGGGGCCGCCGCGGCGGAGGCGGCGGUCGGCGCCCGGCUGGCCAGUCCCGAGAAAGGGCCGGCCGCCAGUCCGCCGGCCAGCGCGGCGGCCACCUCCACCCGGCCGGCAGCCGGAGCCGCCAAGGGCAAAACCUUCACCUGCCCCGAGUGCGGCAAGGUGUUCAACGCCCACUACAAUCUGACGCGCCACAUGCCCGUGCACACGGGCGCCCGGCCGUUCGUCUGUAAGGUGUGUGGUAAGGGCUUCCGCCAGGCGUCCACCCUCUGCAGACACAAGAUCAUCCACACCUCGGAGAAGCCGCACAAGUGCAAGACGUGCGGCAAGGCCUUCAACCGCAGCUCCACUCUGAACACGCACAUGCGCAUCCACAGCGGAUACAAGCCGUGGGUUUGUGAGUUCUGUGGAAAGGGCUUCCACCAGAAGGGCAACUACCGCAACCACAAGCUGACGCACAGCGGCGAGAAGGCCUACAAGUGCCACAUCUGCAGCAAGGCGUUCCACCAGGUCUACAACCUCACCUUCCACAUGCACACGCACAAUGAGAAGAAGCCGUUCAUCUGCGAGCUCUGUGGUAAGGGAUUCUGCCGUAACUUCGAUCUGAAGAAGCACACGCGGAAGCUGCACGAGUCGGAGCCGGGCGGUACGGACGAGGCCGAGCCGGUCGCCAGUCUGUCCGGCGGCGGCGAGCCGUACCGGCCGGCGGCGGCUGGCGGCCCGCUGCUCACCGCCGGCUACCCGCUGCUGCCGCCGCUCGGCGCGCCCUUCCCGGCACUGCUGGGAGCCCACUCGGCGGCCGGCCCGCUCCGGCUGCCCCCCUACCUGGACCGGCUGCACUACACCCACCCGCUCUGAGGCCCACUAUACCACUACCCCUCCCUCUACACACACCCGCUCCGUGGCCCCCUCCGACUAUCCCCUACACGCCCCCACUCUGA